AUGCCGACGUCAGAAACUGAUAUUAUUUCAAAAUGGGAAGAAUUUGGGAAAAUUGCUGGCUUUCCUCGCGUAGGAGGGGUCAUAGCUACUACUCAUGUGGCGAUUAAACUUCCUCACAAAAAUCCUCUCGUUUACCUUAACGACUAUGAAUUCCAUUCUUUGAAAAUUCAAAUAAUUUGUGAUGCGGACGGUCUCAUCCUUAACUACAGCGCUGACAACCCUGGCAGCUUCCCUAAUGACAAGAUCUGGACGCACUCGAUUAUACGCCAGCGUAUGGAGGACAAAGAAUUCGGCGAGUCAUUGCUGCUAGGUGACUGCAGUUAUCCUCAGGAAACUUACCUGAUGACUCCGUUCGUGCAUCCUGUUACCGCUGGUCAGCUUGCUUACAAUACCAGCCUCACCAAGACUAGAGCCGUCGUGCGUCAAUGUGUUGACACGCUGAAAGCUCGCUUCCAGUGCCUCCGCAAGUCCAGUGGAGCUCUCAGAUACUCGCCCGACAGAUGCGCCAGAAUUGUCGAGGCUUGUAUUUACUUGCACAACUUCUGCAUACAGCGGAACGUUCCAUUCUAUAAUAAUGAGUUAUGUAGUGAAGAAGUCGUGGAUGAUGUGAGCACUACGCACGUGUAUCAGGUUGCGCUAACUGAAAACGGUAGACGAGCGCGAGAUGAAGUGGUUAGGCUAAACUUCUCUGGAGCUUUGGGUCAAUCGAUUGUAAUUUGAAAAUACCUACUCCAAAAAUACGAACUAACCUGUACUAGAUACGUCCAAAUUAACAUUUCUUCGGUUA